CCAGCCUGCAUCGAUGCUCCCUAGUCCCCCCCAACUAUGCAAAGCAAGGAACGUCUCACGUCAUUUGUGGCCAAUCACUGAACGGCUCGGUGACAUAAUGUCGAAGGGAACCUUAUAUAAGUAAGCACGGGCGGCGGCGCCGCUCAAUAAUUGAGCUUCCAGAGUGUUUUGCUGUUCUCGAGCCCUCGUAGCGCAUAAGGAAGUAGCUGCCUCGUUACUGACUGACACAACGUUACAGAGGAACAAAGGCUACAGAGCAGCAGCCGCCACUGUACCUCCCAAUGGAAUCUGGUGUAUGCAGCUGCUGUGCAGUGUGACGGCGCAGCAUACACACAGUGAGAAGAUCCAGGCGGCAGUGCCAGUCUGCCACUGAUAGUCCGAGGAAGACGCAGCGCUAACGGGAAAAAGUUACUUGCUGACCCUGCCACACCAGUGUUACACGUACCGACAGCCCCCGGAGUGUGACUGACCAGCAGCGGGGACGGCAAACAAAGACUGGCUGCCUCUUAAAGGGAACCUGACAUGUACAAGAACAAAGGCAUCUUCCUCAUACAACUUUUAUUGUAGACCCGCCUCCUGGCAGCCCGCAACAGAUCGCUGCUAGUUGUCUCACUCGGGACACAUCGGGACUUGGAUCUGUGUUGGGAGAUGGGGGUCUAGGCUGUGGAUCACCUCCCGCUUUUCCCCACGACUGCCUUAAGGUAUAAUGGAAAUACCUUUCUACCAUGAUGAUGUGUUGAAUGUGCCUCAGGCUCCCAGCUUCUAUACUUCCACCGUUUGCAACAUGAUGAAGAAAAACCUUAACCUCAACCUGAAUGACCAGGUGGUGGCCAACCUGAAGCCCCUGCGUGACGGGGAUGGCAUUCUGACCUCUCCCGACCUUGGUUUGCUAAAGCUAGCUUCUCCGGAGCUGGAGAGACUUAUCAUCCAGUCCAAUGGCCUGGUCACCACUACACCUACCACCAGUCAGUUCAUUUACCCAAAGGUGGCCAGCGAAGAACAGGAGUUUGCAGAAGGAUUUGUGAAAGCACUAGAGGACUUGCACAAGCAGAAUCAACUUGGGGUACCUCCCAGUGGUGUGGAUUUAAGUUCAGUGCCUGCUGGGGGCAGCCUGCAGGCACCCCCACCAUCUGAUGUUCCUGUUUAUGCCAACCUCAGCAGCUACCCUAGUGGUGCAUUGGGCACCACUGUAAACUACAGCACUGAUACUGUGCCAUACCCACCUCCACCAUCCGGCAUGUCCCAACAGCCUGCUCCCCCUCCGCCUAGACUUCAGACUCUCAAGGAUGAGCCUCAGAUAGUGCCAGAGGUGGCAAACUUUGGGGAUAGUCCCCCAAUGUCCCCAAUAAAUAUGGACACACAAGAAAGAAUAAAGGCUGAAAGAAAACGAUUGAGAAACAGAAUAGCAGCUUCCAAGUGCAGGAAGAGGAAAUUGGAAAGAAUUUCCAGACUGGAGGAAAAAGUUAAAAGCCUUAAGAAUCAAAAUACAGAGCUGGCAUCUACUGCUAACCUGUUGAGGGAACAGGUGGCCCAGCUCAAGCAGAAGGUCAUGAGUCAUGUCAACAGUGGCUGCCAACUUCUGCCUCAACAAGUCCAAGCCUACUAAGCUUAGGGUGGGAAAACGUGUAUCAGUUAUGUCUUUUGUCUUCUUGCACCUACUGAAAAACUUCAUUCCAAAAUUUAGGAUCUCACUUGCCAAAAAGUGGGCCUGGCAAAAUGCCAACGUGUAGCAAUCCAGAUUAAAGACAUGACCAAAGACUAUGGUGGCCUGUCUUGCUUAGACUAGAGACCAGUCUGCUUCAAUCACUACUGUCCAUAGACAACAAUCUUCCUCACCUGAGAUGACCUGUCUAAUUUACAUUUAAACAGCGAGCAGUGUUAAUUAUUCUAGUCUUUAGCUAUUUUGAAAUAGGUUCUUCUCAGACAAUGUUUCUUGACAGAAAUGUUUCACCAUGUAUAGUUAAAUGACUGUUGCCUUUUGCUGCAUAUGCUUUUGUUGUCUGAUAUGUCAAGACAACAAAAAUCUGACUCAUGGUCCAGAGUGCCUCCAAGGAAUACAGGACUUCCUUCUCCCCUUCUUCAUCAUGUAAAGGUUUACAGUACCCCAGUGAUGUGGUGACAUGCAAACGGUGUUUAUACUUACAAUAUGUUCCAGACAAACUUGGUUGAAUAUUAAUGCCAAGUGCAAUUAGUGCUGAUUUACAUAUAUACUGCCUUAAAUGUUUACAACAUCUCUAGAGCAGGGAUCAAUUCCCCUGCAGAUGUUUAACCUCUUUCACCCUGGAGGUUUUUUGACAUUGCAGCUUACUCCUGUACUGGAGUAGUUAUGCUAAAGUGUGAGUAUGUAAUGGUUGCACAAGUUAACUGUAAAUUGUAAAUUAAUGUAAUAUUUUACUGAACUUGUUUUUUGAAGUGUUCAAUUUGCUAUAUUUAUGUUAUACUGGGAACAAUGUUUUUAAGCUGUUUUUUUACUACACAUUCCAGUAUAUCCAAUACUUUUGUGCUUCUGUGUACAAUAAAGUAUGGUCUUGUUGA